AUGAAAAACGCAGGAGCGAAGGAGCGAGAAAGGGAAGGGGGGUGGCCAGUGGAGCGCGCACUCUUCGUCGAUCCCGCGGAUGUCGGAGGUGGUGAAAUCCUCAUCGAGCUCAGCGCUGAGUGCAGUGAGGUGGAAGACGAGGAAGAAAGAGAAAAAUCGUAUGAAACGGAGGGGGCGGAGUGCGUUUCGCCACGCAGAGAAAUCCCUACACCGGAGAAGCAGGAGGCUUCUCCACAGAAAGAAAAGGAUCCGGGUGAGGUGGAAGCGAUUCGUCGGCGGUAUGGUUCGCGCCUCACCGAGGCGGAGAGUCGAAAUGAAGAGCUGCUCGCCUUCCUCACGUGGUCGGAGCGGCGGGAGGCGAUUAAAACCCGUGAACUUCACGCAUUCCAACAACGUUUGCACCCUUCCCACCCCAUGAAUCAGGAAAAACGAAUCAAAUGGGCGGAUUCGACCUCGUUUUCCUCGUUGUAUGCCACUCCGUCGGAGUCGUCGGCCGCGGCGUCGUUCGGUCGCGCACUGAAGGAGGUUGAGAAGGGUUCGUUUCGUGAUGUAUACCUUCACGCCUACGCCCUUCGGGAUUUUCCAUCUUCCUCACCCCCUCUACUCAAGCGAGAGGAGACCUCUUGUUGUGAGGAUUUCUCGGCAAAGGAGCUUCCUCCGGCGGUUUAUGUCGCCCCUCCGGCGGGGAAAUCGAUCCCAGACGCCCUCCUCGCGCCCUCGCUAACGCCGGAAUCCUCUCCAGCGCGUUUUAUUGAGUGGAUUUCGCAGCAUGUCGACCUCUACGACGAUCUGAUCUUUCCACCAGAGCUUGCAUUAGCGCCCUCGUGA